ACUGAAAUAUUGAUUUUGGUUGCAUUGCAGGAAGAUCUAUAUUAUUCCCAUUCACCACUGCAAGAUAUCGUAUGGGCUACUCUCAAGAAAAUUGGUGAACCAAUAUUUCUGCACUGGCCUGGCAGCAAUUUGCGGAAGAGAGCUCUAGACAAUGUCAUGAAACAUAUAAAGUACGAGGAUGAAACUACUCAAUACUUAUGCAUUGGUCCUCUAAAUAAGAUGUUGAAUAUGAUUUGUUGCUGGGUAGAAGAUCCAAACUCAGAGGCAUUCAAACUCCAUGUUGAAAGAAUAUAUGAUUUCUUAUGGGUCGCCGAAGAUGGCAUGAAGCUGAAGUCUUACAAUGGCAGCCAACUAUGGGACACGGUUUUGACAGUUCAAGCUAUAUUUGCUACUGGCUUGACAAAAGAGUUCCCCCAUACAAUAAAACUUGCCCAUGACUAUAUAAAACGUUCACAGAUUUCUGCGAAUUUUCCUAGAGAUCAAACCAAGUGGCAUCGUCAUAUAUCUAAAGGUGGAUGGACACAUUCAACUGCCGACCAUGGGUGGCCAGUAUCAGACUGUACUGCAGAAGCAUUGAAGGCUAUACUGUUGUUGAUUAAGCUUCCUCCUAAAUUGGUUGGAGAGCCUAUGGAAACAAGCCGGCUUGAUGAUGCAGUCAAUAUUCUAUUGUCUUUGAUGAACGACGAUGGUAGUUUUGGUGCAUAUGAGCUAACAAGAUCUUAUGAAUGGCUUGAGUUGCUCAAUCCUUCCGAGAGCUUUGGGGACAUAAUGAUCGAGCAUUCGUACGUUGAGUGUACAUCAUCAGUAAUUCAGGGUCUAGUGUUAUUUAGAGAAAUGUACCCCAAACAUUGUCGCAUGGAAGAGAUAGAAAAUUGUAUCCAAAAGGCUGCAGACUACAUUGAGAGCAUCCAAAGGAGUGAUGGAUCAUGGUACGGCUGUUGGGCUAUUUGUUUUACCUAUGGUACAUGGUUUGGGGUGAGAGGAUUGAUUGCUGCAGGCAGAACGUACAAAAAUAGCCAAGCAAUCAGAAAAGCAUGUGAAUUUCUGCUAUCCAAGGAGCUUCUCCCAUUAGGGGGGUGGGGAGAAAGUUACCUCUCCGGUCAAGACAUGGUUUACACCAAUCUUGAAGGCAACCGGGCUCACGCAGUCAACACUAGUUGGGCCAUGUUGGCCCUAAUUGAUGCCGGACAGGUGAUUUUGUUCCUUUGAAGCUUGCCUUGUACUUAAAUCCAAUUAGUGCAUGCAUGUCCUAUAGUAUUCAUUUGCUACGCUACUUGUGAACUGCAACUUGUACACAACUGCAUAGACAUCUCCAUUAUUAGUUCAUAGGUUUUUCUCGAAAAGGGGGAUCUUCCCGGCCUCUACAUCAGAACGAUGCAUACGGUCAUCUUAUUAACCAAAUAACAAAAGGUGCCAACAAGGUUCCACAGUCUCCAGCCAAACAAAAAGCAAAGGAUAAAUGCAGCUCACACAGAGCGACAGACGGCUAGAUACAGAGACUAGCCCGAAAAAGAUGCCACAACCGGCUGGCUAAAAAUAGAUAGGGAAACUAAUUGCCUAUCCUAUUACAUGACCGCCAUCCAAACCG